AAUUUCAGUUUGUAAAUUUUCUUCAGGCUAUUUCCUUAAAUACUAUAAAUGUUUUAUUUUCCUAUCAUUUUGUUUGAGAAGACAUACAGAAUUUAAGAUUACAACGUGGGGCUAAAAAUAAAAAUGUCAAAGGAACUGCAUUGCGUUCGAUAAUUUUUCGUUUAUUGUGGCUGUCAGUGUUCAAUUUAAUUUCUGCAGUUUUGGACGAAUUUGUUUCUCGUUAUGUUUGUUAAUUGGGGCGUUCUUCUUUUACUUUUGGAAUGUUUGUCCAAUUACCCAACCGCUGGGAUAAUAAAUGGCGUGAACACACAAAUAAAACACUUCCCGUAUCUGAUGCAAAUCCGUAGGAAACCCUCUACUUUUCUUUGCGCUGGAGUGUUAUAUGCCAGACAUGCUGUCCUGACUGUGGCCCAUUGUGUAUAUAGAUACUCAAAUGAAUUGAAUCCUGAUGACUUGUUGGUAGUUGGUGGGACGCAAACCACAAACGGGGUACCAAGAUAUAAGGAAGAAGUUGCUGCUGUUCGAUAUCAUAUGAAUUUCGCGUCAAGAUUUACAACUCCGCAAUGGGAUUUAGCAAUGAUUCGGUUGAAACAUCCAUUUCCUCCUACUCACGAUAUUAAAAACGUUCCUAUCCAUUGGGUCCUACCCGUUUCCAGGGUUUUCUGUUUGAUAGCUGGUUGGGGAAGUAAAAAUGCUACACAUCCUCAUGUAAAGCAGGUAAAACUCAACUACGGUUUUCUUACUUCCUUAAAUGCCGUGAGCUGCCCUUAUAAAAUUAAAGAUAUCUUGUGUGGAGUCGAUAAGGAAAAAAAAUAUGCUAGUUGUUGGGGCGAUGAUGGUGGUCCAUUUAUGUGCGAGGGUAAAUUCACAGGAUUGAUUUGGGCAUGCCAUCGAGCUUGUGAUCACACACCGGAAACUAUUGUCAAUGCCUACAGUAAUAGAAGAUGGAUAGAAUGGAUAGCGCACGUGAACCCGAUCCCACCGCAAGGACCAUGAAAUUAUCUCUGCAAAUAUUAUCAUACUAAAUGAGAAAGUUUAGAAAUUGAAAAGCAAUGAGGACGAAUUUUUGCUGGUGUA